AUGGUGACCGCGGUGACGCCGGUGAGUACGGUGCGUUGGGGGUUUGCGAUCGGCGGCCAUUGCCGGGUUCAUCACGGUUGGAGAGGAAUGGGCUGCAGAUUGUCUCGGGGGAAGUCGAGUUUUGUUCUGGGGUUGAUGUCGGAGGGUGGUCGCGCCGGCGGGAAGGCCGUCUUCGUGCGGCUGAUGGGAUCCUUUAGAGAUUCGGUAACGAAGGCCCAGAAGCUGCAGAUGGAGCACCUUGAUGAUGGAGUGGAGAUUUGGGGUUCGCCAACGGCCUCUUCUCAGCCGGAAGAAUUCCCCGAGCAUCUGGUGGUGAUGGUCAACGGCAUAGUUGGCAGGUAUUCAACCCCUACAUUCGUUCAGUGCUCUCGCGAGAUCAUCGAGAUUAUUCGUAUCCCUUCUCUUCGGUUUCCCUUUCUCUUUGAAAACAAUCAUCGUCUCAUGGUGACAUCUGCGCAAAAUCAGGCUCAAUUCCAAGGAGCGCCGCGGCAUCUUCACCCAGAACCCAAAAAAAUUAUGCAAAAAAAAAAAAAAAAAAACUGUCUAAGAUUAUAGCAAUGAGACCGCUAAAAUUAGACCAAGAUGUUCAGUGACAGUCCUGUACUGAUGAUCACUUUCAAACGAAAACCUCUGGCUUGAUGGUGAUGCGUUGACCAUCGUUGAUUAGCCAAAUGGGAUGUGGAAAAAGUCCUCCACAUUUUCACUGAUCAUCACGGAGUAGACUUUUUCUCUGUGAAUAAAUUUCCCUUCUACUGCCAUUGUUGCUAAAAAAAACAGAGAACUAAUUUUUCUCAGGUGCACUAGGAUUGGACGCUUGAUCAGGGUUAGCAUUCAAUAAGAUCUUGAUUUAUACCAAGGCCGUAUUUAUGUAAUGAUUUGGAGGAGAUGCACCAGAAGGAUGUGCUAAUGGUUUCCUAAGUUCUUAGAAAGAUGUUACAAACUACUCCAAUCCUUCUGGGUUUUCUGAAACAUUCCACCGUCUUGUUGGAGCAUCAAAGAAACUAGCGGACUGAUCACUAAAUAGAUACAAAUAGGUGCAAAUUCUGACAUCACCACAGCCCACUUCGUUCUCUCGCUCUGGAGGAGUUGAAGGAGAAAUUCGACUACCUUAUAUAUUCCUAUCCACCUCGGAUUGACUUCGAGAAUGGGGGACCCAGGUGUGAUGGAUGAUGAGGGUUAGCAUUCAAGAAGAUCUGGAUUUAUACCAAGGCCGUAUUUAUGUAAUGAUUUGGAGGAGAUGCACCAGAAGGAUGCGCUAAUGGCUUCCUAUGUUCUUAGAAAGAUGUUACUAAUUACUCCAAUCCUUCUGGGUUUUCUGAAACAUUCAACCGUCUUGUUGGGGCAUCAUCCAUGAGUUGAAUUUGAGAAUGGGCGACACAGGUGUGAUGGAUGAUGACUCCAGGUCUUCAGAAACUUGUUUUUUUUUUCUGUUUCCCUGAUUUCUUGGCUACGUCCAGCUCCUUCUAGAGCAGACUUUCAGUUUAUGCUUUCUCAAAAGGUUCUCGUAAGUUAUUGGACUACACUCAUCGAACCAUGCGCUUCACAUUCAUGAAUUUGAUUCACGGUUCCUUUUUUUUUUUUUUUUUGUGGGUCUCAGUGCAGAGGAUUGGAAGUAUGCUGCAGAGCAGUUUGUCAAGAAACUUCCGGGCAAAGUAACAGUGUAUCGUGAGUUUUUCUUUCUCCUCUCCUCUCCCCACUCUGUGGUUUGACUUUCCUUGAACCUGCAUAUUAUCAGAACUAGAUCCUGUUAUUUCUCUUCCAUAUCCUGCAUUAGCUGUUCCAGAUCCCUUCAGUCCCAUCUAUUUUAAAAAAAACACAGGUCAGCGUAGCAGGGCAGAAAUUUCAUUCAUGCACAACGAUCAAAGCAAUUAUUCAACCCUGACAUGGCUUUUGAAGCAGGCAGCCAAAGCAAUUAUUCAAUUCUGACAUUUGAUGGCGUGGAUAUGAUGGGGGAGAGGUUAGCCAAAGAGGUAACUGCAUGAAGCAGAUAAAUCUUCGUGGUUCUCUUUGAAUAUGAUGCUUUGCUGAUUGAUCUUGGCGAGAGAUUCACAGAUAUUCUCUUGCGUAGGUGCUUUCAGUUGUAAAGCGGAGACCAGGGGUACAGAGGAUCUCCUUUGUCGCUCACUCCUUGGGUGGGCUGAUUGCUAGAUAUGCUGUCGGUAGGCUUUACGAGCCUGGAUCUCCAGAAGAAUCGUCGAGUGGUGAAGGGAGUUCUUCGGCAGAAGACGAGUAUCCAGGAGGUAGAGUGGCCGGAUUGGAGCCGGCAAACUUCAUAACAUUUGCUACGCCACAUCUCGGUUCAAGAGGGCACAAACAGGUAAACAAGAUUUUUUUUCUGUUUUUUUUAAAUGAUUUUUUCUUCUUCUAGUAAUUCAUAUGCCAAUAUUUUGAAUGAAAAACCUUUUGGAAUCUACGGUCUUGUUUGAUUUUUCUGUUUUUUUAUUUUAUUUCUUUUUACUUCAUGCAAUUCAGAUGUCUAUCUCUUUUUUUUAGAACAAGUCUGAUGAAGUUAAUACUCUUGUGCGGAAAUCAAUAUAAGAACUCAGACGCGUCUCUUGUUUCGUUGACUUUUUCAUUCCAUGUGAACAUGAGCUGGUAAACGAGAGUUUUCUCUUUCUCGCCAUCUAGAUGUCUAUUUUUUCUAGGAUAAUUCUUAGGAAAAUCAAGAGUCCUGUGUGGAGCCGAGAACAAGGACAUGACUCUUGUCUCAUUUACUUUUUUUUUUUUCAUUUAUGCGGGCCCAAACAGUUGAAUGGGAGCUUUUUGUUGACUUUUUUUUUUUCCCCUUUCAUUCAAGUCAAUCGCCUGUGCUUUUUAGAAAGAGUCUUAUGACAUCUAGAGUCUUGUUUCAUUGGCUUUUUUCUUCCAUUCAACUCAAUGUCCAUUCUUCUCCAUAAAUGCUCUCCUGAGAUCUAGAGAGCUGACUUUUUCCUUCAAGAGGGGCACGAACAGGGAAGCAAGAGUCUCUUAUUGACUUUUUUCCUUUCAUGCGAUUCCAAUGCCCGUUUGUUUAAGAAAGUGCCUUGUGAAGUCAACAUGCUUGGAUAGAGAUAGAAUGAGCCCGUUGACCCUUGUUUUGGCAUUCCGAGUUCCGACCCUUCUUCUGAGAAUAAGCCAUCUCUAUUGCUAUUUUCAGCUUCCCUUUCUCGGUGGUCUUCCUUUCUUGGAGCGAGGUGCUUCCCAGGCUGCCCAUCUGAUAGUAGGGAGGACCGGAAAGCAUCUUUUUCUCACCGAUGAUGACGGCGGGAAGCCCCCUCUGCUCCUUCGAAUGGUUCGUGAUGGCGAAGACAUCAAAUUCAGGUGUGAUUUUAAAAUAAUAUGUCAUAAAUCUUGUUUAUAUGAAAGUUCCGCCGAUGGGGGUUUCCAUUUUAGGAAAUUUCCAUUGCCGGGUUGACUUUUUCUUUAGGGUUCUAAUGGGAUCUGUUCUUAUGUUCCACUGGUCAAUUUUUCUUCCUCUCACCAGGUCAGCGCUGACCUCCUUCAAACGCUGUGUCGCCUAUGCCAAUGCCAACUUUGACCGUAUCCUCUUCCAGGGUUUUAUGAUGUAAUUUUCCAAAUCAGAUCAGAUCAUCCCCUCCGUAUUAUGUUUGACUUAAUGAAUAAACUUAGAUAUGGUGGGUUGGAGGACGUCAUCAAUCCGCAGGCAGCAUGAGCUCCCCGAUGUGAGUUUUUUUUCUUUUUUUAGAAAAAAUGUAUAUAUAUAUAUUAUUUUUUUCUACUCAGAUUAAUUGUGGGAAAUAAAGAUGUUCAUGAUUCUGCAGCCUCACCUUCUUGCGAGCGAUGAGAGGUAUCCUCAUAUCGUCUUUGUGGGUAGGGGAGAUGUGACAGCUGGAGACCAGGGAGAACCUUCACCAGCUGGAACGUUUCAAAGGGUUGACCUGGAAGGUUUGUUGGAUUGACUUUUGCGAGGAAUUUGAUGCCAUUUAAUCUUUAUUUCCUCCAUUUGGAUUAGAUGAAUCGGCCUUCUUUCUCCCCCUCUCUCAUCUCCAUCACUUUCUCUCUCUUCUCUCUUAUUCUCUCCCUCUCUUUCUUUUUGUGAGUAUGUGACGUCAGUUGGAACAUGUAGAUAAUCUUACUACUUCUCGCAUUUUUAGUCCUAUAAUAUGGGUAGAUUUCCUGCUCCACGUUAUGGGUGAAUUCACCUCUCUCUCUCUCUCUCUCUCUCUCUCUCUCUCUUAAACUCUCCCUUUGUGUGUGGACUGCUGUAUCGCAGAGGAGAUGAUCAGAGGCCUCUCGCAAGUGCCAUGGGAGCGGAUCGACGUGAGCUUCAAAGAGAGUACGCAGAGAUACAUCGCCCACACCACCAUCCAGGUCAACGCCGACGCCUCCUGCUCCGUUGACUUUGAUCGAUUCUCUUCUUCGAGCCCCGUUGAUUAUCACGUCAUUAGGGUAUCCUUUUUCCCCACCAGGUCAAGAGCUACUGGAUGAACUCCGACGGCGCGGACGUUGUCUCCCACAUGAUCGACAACUUCCUCGUCUGA